AUGCAAUUUACACCUAUACCUGUGACGUAUAGGGAGCUCUAUCAGAAUCUAUAUGAUGCGCAUGCUAUAGCCCCUUUCCACUUAAAACCAUUACAACCUCCGUAUCCUAAAUGGUAUGAUGCAAAUGCCAGAUGUGAGUAUCAUGCUGGAAUAUCGGGGCACUCAAUCGAGAAUUGUACUGGAUUCAAGAAAGCCGUAGAGAGGUUGAUCAAGAAUGGGGUUUUGAAAUUUGAGAGUACCCAAAAUACUGAGAAUCAUUUGCCGAACCAUGACAAUCAGGGAGUAAAUGUCAUUGGUGAAGCCGUUGAAAAAAAGGAAAAGGAAAAUGUUGAUGAGAUAAGGAUGCCUAUGAGGGUAAUCUGGGAGGAGAUGAUGAAGAGAGGUAUGUUGACCUCUAAAAAUACGAAAGAAAGAACGUGGGACUACGGUAAGCUCCAUGAAGAUUGCGAGGAAUUCAAGACCUUGGUGCAAGGCUUCAUAGACAACAAAGAGCUACAGGUUUAUGAAGAUAGCUCUAGUAAAAAGCAAGUUUGUGUGCUGGAAAAUGAACAGCAAAGAACCAGUAGACCAAUGAUCAUUAUCUCCUUGCCAGGGAAUAAUGAAAUGGGGACACCAGCAGCGCCCAAGGUUAUUAUCCAUACACCUACUCCUUUCCCUUACAAGGAUAGCAAAAAAGUACCAUGGAGUUACGGCUGUAGCGUGACGGUGCUGGGAGAAGGAAGCAUAGCCAGCGAAUCAAAGGAUGGGGACGUCAGAGUGGAGCCCACAAAACCCAAGAAUGUUGAAAUUGAGAAAAAGAGUGAAGUAUCUGUUAACGAACCAGUGAGGGAGGAGGAAGCUAAAGAAUUUCUAAAGUUCCUUAAGCAUAGUGAGUACAGUAUGGUCGAGCAGUUGCGUAAGCAACCAGCACGCAUAUCUCUUUUAGCCUUACUGCUAAGCUCCGAAGUGCAUCGAGAAACGUUGUUGAAGGUACUCAACGAGACAUAUGUUACUCAAGAUAUAUCUGUCAAGAAGUUGGACCAAUUACCCAUUGACAGUUCGCACAUGAAGACGUGUCAUAAUGUGGUAAGAGCCUCUGACGGAACUGAAAGGAAAGUAAUGGGACAAAUUGACAUCCCUCUGGAGAUUGGACCAAAUACGUAUGAAGUUGACUUCCUGUUGGUGACAGAUGGACGCUUGAUAACCAUCAAUGCAGAGGAGGACAUCAUAGCAGCCGUCACUAGUAAGCCUCCUUAUGUGGAGACAAAUGAGGAGACUAUUGAGUGUUCUUUUCGUUCCUUGGAAAUUGUUAAUGCUACCUUCAUUUUGAAGGGAAGCGAGGUGUCGGUUCCCAGGAUGUCUAAAGCAACAAGGAUGGCCCUGCAAAUAAUGGUGAGGAAAGGAGUAUUGCCAGGAAAAGGACUAGGAAAACAGUUGCAAGGAGGGAUUCAAGUCCCAAAAUUUGCGGAGAAGAAGGAUCACUUUGGUUUGGGUUUUAAGCCAGACCAUAAACAAAAGAGACAGGAGAUGGAAAAGCGUCAAGCAAGAAGGAAGGCGCGUUUGAACGGAGGAGAAGUAGAGUGGGAACUGAUGACAUUCCCACCUAUAUCCAAAAACUUUAAGUCAGGAGGGUUGCUAGUAGAAGAGAGUCAUCAAAUCAAUGUUGUACAUAAUGAGUGGUUUGGACAAGAAAACCUUGAGGAUGAGGUCAAGAAGCAGUUUGAUACAGGAUUUCUGCAGGAAGUGAAGUACUCUGAAUAG